AUGGGAAACAAACAAGCUAAAAGUAAACAUAGAACCAUCAUAGAGUCAACAUCAUCAGCCGUUAAUUGUGCAAGAAUGUAUCAAGUAUACUGUGCAGGAAGCAAAGCUUCGAAUGAAUAUCCUCCAACAAUAAAUCCUGAAAGUACGGAUUUUGAUCCCAUCAGCCCCAUGACUUUUGGAAAUGAAACAAUUAGAAAUGUAGCCUGCGGUUAUCGAUGUUCGUUCUUUCUUACUGAAUCAGAUCACCUUUACUCCUGCGGCCAAAACAGCUCAGGAGAGCUCGGAUGGGGAUUUUCGACAGAAUCGUAUCAAGAAUUAGCCAAAGACAAAACAAUAAUUCCAUCAUAUGCCAUGAUCGACUACAUUUUAAGCGGUGAUACAUUCACUUUCUUUGUCAUGAAAGAUGGAACUUUUUUGAGAUGUGGAUCAAACUCAGAGGGAUAUAUUGGAGCAGGAACAGUGUCAUCAUUACCAACUCCCACAGCUGUUGCAAAUCCUCCAUGGAAGUCAAAUCGUGUGGACAAAAUUUCUUUUGGAUAUUAUCAUUCAGUGGUAUUAUCAAAUAAUGUUCUGUAUCAAACAGGAAAAGUUCCUGGCUCUGAAGUUUGUAAUGAGUACAAGCCCGUUGAAUCUUCACAUUUGGCAACUAUAGGAAAAAUUGUCGAUGUUGCUUGUGGUGUGUUCAAUACUUUUUGUAUCAAUGAUAAGGGAGAGCUUUUUGGAAUUGGACAAACGACACAUUAUGGAGAAUCUCGUGUAUGGACAAAAAUGAAUGUUAGUAGACCUAUUGCUAAAAUUUUCAGCGGUUCUCUUUCUGCCCUUGCACUCACUUAUAACGAUGAAGUGAUGUGCUUCGGUGACAAUGGAAGUCAGGAGCUGGGAUUUGGAAGUGAAGCAAUUCAUGAUUGGACGUUACAUCCAGAGUUAAGUGGAAUUGGAGUGCGAACUAUUGGAAUUUAUACAUACCAGACAAUUUUUAUAACAAAAACAAAUGAAGUUUACGUGGCAGGAAAUAACACAAGCCAACAGUUAGGUCAAAUUGAAAAGAAAAAUUUGCAGCGUCAUCCAACAUUAGAAAAAUAUUGCCGAGAACAUGUUGGUAUGAUACCUCAUGUGACAGGAGGUUUUCAACACAUGAUUGUUUAUUUCGCAAAAGACACAAGAAAAUCUCUUCGGUUCCAAGUACUUCUCCACAAGGCUGUUAUUAAUCAUUCGCUCUCAGAUAUUCUCAUUGAAUGUGGACAAUAA